CAAGUCGUUCGGUCGCACGCGAUUCGUCGGCUGCAAUGAGGACGAUACGCAAUAACGUACCGAUAAUUACACAGGCAUCGCAAUAAAAUCACAACACGAAUAAUUAAUAACAACGUAUAGGUACCAAUAGUGAAUCGUACCCACGCAAAAAGACGUGCGACGGUACUUCGGCGCAGUCGGUUGUCGCGCAGUGGCCGUCAGUGCGUUUGCGUCUCUGGUCUACUCCGCUGCAGUUUGUCUAUUAAUAUUUGCCUUUUUCUCACAAACAACAUCGGCUCUAUUCGUUUUGCCAACCAUCGAUACUGCUAACGACGCGCGUUACACGCACAGAACAAAACAAAACAAUUCCUGUUCUUAACUAUACCGUUGACCAGUAGUGCACGCGGUCGCAAUGUCCACGUCGCAGCUGUUACUUGACUUGGUGGCCGGCUGGUGGACGGUAGCGAUUCUGGCGUUGUUUGCGGCCACGGCGUACCACUUCUGCACGUCAACGUUCGGCUACUGGCGCGACCGAGGCGUCCCGUACGUGCGGCCGACGGUGCCGUUGUUCGGCAAUAUCGGCGGGCUAGCCCUGGGCGUCGAACACCAGGCGCGCAUGUUCGGCCGGAUCUACGACGGGUUCCGCGGUCACCGGUACGGCGGGUUCUACCAGAUGCGCACGCCGCACCUGAUGGUGUGCGACCCGGCGCUGGUGAACCGCGUGCUGAUCGGCGACUUUGCGCACUUCACCGACCACGGCAUGUACACGGCCGGGCCGGAAGAGAACCCCCUGGCCAACGGGCUGUUCAACAUGAACGGUGCCCAGUGGAAGAUCAUGCGGCAAAAGCUGAGCCCCGUGUUCACCGCCGGCAAACUACGGCACAUGCGUGGCCAGGUGGCCGAGUGCAGCGAGCAGCUAAUGCGCAACGUGGCCGCGGACGUACCGGCCGGCGGUGGCCAGAUGGAAAUCCGCGACGUGCUCGGCAAGUACUCGACCGACGUCAUCGGCACAUGCGCGUUCGGACUGCACCUGAACGCCAUCAACGACGAACGGUCCUCGUUCCGUAAGCACGGCAAGGCCGUGUUCGCGCCGUCGUUCCGUGUGCUUCUCAAGGAACUGGCCUGGAUGGUGACGCCGGCGCUACGACGCGCGCUCCGCAUCGGUGACAUGCCGCCGGACGCCGCACAGUUCUUCACCGCCGCGUUCACCGACACGAUGAAAUACCGGGAGGAACACAGCAUCGUCAGGGACGAUGUCAUGCAGUCCCUGAUCCAGGCCAGGACUGACUUGGUCGUCAACAAGACCGAACCGUCAGUUGAAUUCUUAGAAACGGACAUCGUGGCAAAUGCAUUUAUACUAUUCGCCGCUGGUUUUGAAACAGUGUCUACGGCAAUGAGUUUUUGUUUAUAUGAGCUCGCGUUGAAAAAACCAAUACAGGACAAAGUGCGAGAAGAAAUGAAUGCGAUGAAGAAGAAACAUAACGCUGAGAUUGACAAUGAUUUUCUAAAGAAUUUACCUUAUUUGGAAAUGGUAUUAGCUGAAACUUUACGAAAGUAUCCACCACUUUUAACACUAUUUAGAGAAGCUACGCAGGAUUACCAAGUACCAGAUGACACAUUCGUAAUCGAAAAAGGUACAAAAGUUCUUAUUCCUGCGUACGCUAUUCAUCACGACUACAGAUAUUAUCCCGAUCCCGAGACUUUCGACCCCGAACGGUUCUCACCAGAGGAAAAGGCUAAAAGACCAAAUGGAACUUAUAUGCCGUUUGGCGAUGGACCUCGCUUAUGUAUAGGGAAACGUUUCGCAGAAAUGGAAAUGAAAUUGGCGUUAACCGAACUUUUGACCACAUAUGAAGUGGAACCAUGUGAAAAAACAGACAUUCCAAUGAGAUUCAGUAAAAGAUCACUAAUUAUUACGCCAGAAAAUGGUAUUUGGUUAAAAUUUAAACCAAUACACGCAUCUAAAUAAGCAUAUUAAAUUCAUUGGACUUAUUCAAUAGAUAUAGGACUUGAGCCCAACAGCUUUUAGACAAGUGGUGGGUCAAAAAUAUAAUAUUAUACCACAGCGCACAAAACCAAAUUAUCUUAUUUAAAAAUAUUCAGACAGUUAAGAAGUGGCCAGGUCCUAAAAAUCCCCAGUAAUUUAAUUCUAUGAUCUUCUGUAUACAUUGUAAAAUAAAUUACUGCGUAUUAUGGAAUCUAAAUGCAAGAACUUACGAAGAAUAUUAUUUCACUUUCUAUUAUUUACUAUCCAGUUUAUUGUAAUAGUGUAUGUAGCUGAUGCAAAUAAUUAAAUAAAAAUACUUAAGUUCGUAUAUUCGAGUGGGUUACCAGUAAAUUUUAGAUUAUGUGUAUGAUAGUUGCGAUGUUUUUAUGUUGGUUUUCUAUUAUAACAAGUUUAAAUUUCAAAUAAAUUAUACUUUCUUAACUUUAAAAAUGUAUUUUACUAAAAAUUAAAAAGUAUAAUUUUGUAUUCUUUAAUGUAAAGUAACAUUUGUGUACAAUAAUAAUGACUACACUAUACAUUUAUACCUCCAAAAACAGUAGAACUUUUAUAGGAAAAAUGUUUAUCUAUUAAUAAUUAAAUUAUAAAUGUAUUGUUACAAAAAUGUUUGCAAGAUGAAUAAUUGAGACUAUCAGACUAUUAAAAAGCUCAGUUUCUUUAAGCCAACAUUAAAAUCGUUUCUGAUUUGUACAACUUUAAUUAAUGUUAUGUUGUUAAUUUACUUUUAGGUACCUGUAUUUGUAUAUGAAAUUAUAAAUGACUACUAUAUGAAUAUUUAUUUAUAAUUAUAUUUAAGUUUUAAAAGUUUUAUGGGUUUCAGUAGUUAUGAAUCUUUAUGUAAAUUAAAAUUAUAUGUUAUAUGUAUACCUACCGGCCUUUUUCGUUUAAGGCCUGUCGCUGAUGUAUGUAAUACGAAAAUAAACAAAGGUACUUACUGCAUAAUUAUAAAAAUUCAUACAAAUAUUAAUUUUUUUUUAUUUAUUUUAAAAAUUAUCUUUCUACUUUAUACAUUAUCUCAGUUGUGUUAAACUAUUUACUACUUAGUUAUACUUAAUUGGACUUCCUAGUGUAGUUGAGUUUAUGUAGAUCAUUGGACAAUAUAUUCCAUAACUAGUAUACAAUAUAUAUAUUAUAUAUAUACAAGGUGUACAAACAAUUUGGAAACUCUUCAAUUACUCUUUGCAUAUUUUUAUACCUAUAUAAGUAUAUAAUAUACCGAUUACUGCAGAUAACAUCGCUACAAAUUUAUUAAAUUAAAUAUUUAAUCACCUCGAUCAUUAAUAAUUUCAUAUUGUCGUUUAUCAAUUCUAAUUAGUCUAAUGACGGUUUUCAAACUUUUUGAACACCCUGUAUAUGAUGUAUGGUAAUA